CCCUAGCAUUCAGACAAAACACCAGAAAUCAACAGGCUAUAAUGAUGCUCAUUAAAAAUAAUGUUAUAUAUUUUCAGUAGAACAUAUCUUUCCUGAGUUCGUUUUUAGUGAAGGUGAUCAAAAAAGUUACUUAAGACAGGACAAACAAACAAAGUAGCCUACUGCAGAGCUCAAAACCAAGGCAGCCAUCCACGGCGCCAUCUUGUACACUCAUAGCAGUCUUUUCUAGGUAAUACAUCAAGCGUAUACAUAUAUGUAUCAUGUAAAGCAAACCAAACCAGUCAUUAUAAAAAUAACACAUAAGGGCGUAGGCUGUAAAUAUUCUGCACAUUUUUUCUGCUUACUUCUGCUUUUAAUGCCUGUUGGCCCAUGGGGUCAUACAGGAUACACCAAAAUGAUCUAAACACUCAGAUGGCACAGAAGCUUUAGAUUGUUAAAGCUUUAACCCCAUCUGUAACAAAUCUGACUUUUGUCUCUACACAAAAAUCGUUUUUUUAUUAAGCCUUACCCCAUAGCUGGGGUUCAUUGUAACAAACAGAGGAUUUAUUUUAACACUUACUAGAAAAUUCUGUUUAAACAAAUAAUCAAAUACUAACAUUUAUUUUAUUUAAGAAUUACAAGUUUUUCACAUAUUAAUAGUAAAAACACUCAUUAAAUUCGUUUUACAAAUACACGUGUGUGUACUCUAUGUACAUUUAUACACGUAGCAGACACUUUUAUCCAAAGUGACUAAAAGUAACUUCAAGUCAAAAAGUAUCAAGGAAAAGUCAAAAAGUAGGUUUAAAUGUUUAAAAAUACAAUUUGCAUAUUUUUCAGAGAUUUUAAUAUGAGGAGACCCACCCACAUUUUUGAUUCCAACGCCGUUAUAAAUUCGACACAACGCUCCUCGAACCGAUGAAUGUCUUUAACGCGCGCAUGGUAACUUGUUAUAAACUUCAACAUAUCGUGUGCAUCGUUACAUAACGCGUUAGCAGCAGAGAUGAGAGACAUUUUGGGAAUGGCGCUGGCGCUCGUUAUCCUGCGAGUUCGUGCUGAGAUCGUAAAUAACGGUUUUUGCGCGGAUGGAAAGUGUUUUAGUAUCCACGCAGACAGGGUCAAUUUUGCCACGGCGAACGGCAUUUGUAAAGCUCGAGGAGGACAACUGAUGACCGUGCGCACUGAGAAAGUGAACGAUGUUUUGAGGGAUCUGCUGGAAACAAUUACUGGAGACUUUUGGCUGGGACUUGAAUACACCAGUGGUCUGUGUUCUGGCUCUACUGUCGGGUUAAAGGGAUACAGGUGGAUCACCAAAGACAACAAAACCAACUUCACCAACUGGAAAAGGAGCGAUGAGGUCUGUUCCCCAAGAUGCGUGUCAGUCUCCAAAGACGCACUGAAAUGGCAGGAAUGGGCAUGCGACAAAACCCUAGAUGGUUAUUUGUGUGAAUACACGAUCACUAACUACUGUCCCCCGCUGGGCACGGGUGCGUUAUACGAAACACAUUUUGGAAUCACGAGUAAUGCCCUCCAAAACGUUCCUGAAGGCAGCAUCGGGACCGCGCAGCCCCUGGGUACGCGGCACGUGUGUGGGGACGGCUCUUGGCUUCCAGCACCGUGGCAUUGUGAAGUUUUCCAGGGAGGUUGUGAAUAUGAAUGCGUUAAGAAUGCUAAGGGACCCGAGUGCACGUGCCCGCCCGGGUAUAAACUCGACAACAACAUGGUCACAUGCACUCCUCCUCAGGACGAACCGAGCGCGCAAUCGGAACGCGCCUGUGGCCCGGGGUUUAAACGAAACGCGGAUGGGAUAACAUGCGACGACAUGGACGAAUGCAGCGAUGAGAGCGCCUGCCCUGGUGCGAACAAACAGUGCGUAAAUACGCGUGGCAGCUUUGAGUGUCUAUGCAAACCCGGCUUUAAGAGUGUGCGUGGAGAUUGCGUGGACGUGAACGAGUGUGAUUUCGGGCCCUGUGAACACGAAUGCACAAACACCCAAGGCGGUUAUCACUGUACAUGUUUUGAUGGAUUCAUACAAUCGACGGAAGACAUGCACAAAUGCAAUUUGCACUGUACUGAAGCUGAAUGCCCCGCGCAGUGUGACCCCAAUAACGCCCAGUGCAACUGCCCACAAGGUUUUGUUCUUGAUGAGCAGCUUUGUGUUGAUAUAGACGAAUGCGGUAGCGGUCCGUGUGACCAGAAGUGUGAAAACACAUUUGGAAGCUAUAAGUGCUACUGUAAUGAAGGCUUCAUUCUUCAAAAGGACGGAAAAUGUGAGGAUGAUUAUUUUGAGGGCUCAGGCACCUCGGGACCUUUUGAUACAUUUAUUCCCACCAGUAGACCCCCGAGAGAUAAACCAGUGCUUUCAACAGACAGUCUGCUGGGAAUAAUGGUUUGCACGGUCGUGUCUGCUGUACUGGUUGUUGUACUAGUUUGCCUCGUGCACUGCAUCACCAUACGUCGCAAUAAAACGCAACAUUACGAUCUGCAGAAAAGCCACGCGGACACCUACGAUUUUCAAACAGAUAUUUGAUAACAUAACUCUAAAACCAGACACAAACUAAAGAUUGUACACUGUAAAAACUAUAUUACACAUAUUAUUUUUGAGUAGUUUGUAAGAUUAAUUUUUAAUGGAAUUUAUCUGAAUAAAUUAAGAUACAUACUCUGAACUAGUUGAAUAAUGGCACAUAAUGAUUUUGUAUAAUUAGAGCAAUGUGUAAGACUGGCUGAACCCAGAGAGAACAAUUUUCUGAUGAGAAAAAAAAGUUUUCAAAGAGUUCACAUCUAACUCAAAGACAAGCACUCUCUGUGGGAGCCAGACCUCACCAAAACUACUCACAUCUGAUCAACCAUAGGCAGCUGGAGAUAAACUCCACCCAGGUCUCUCACACAAAUGACCUCCUGUAUGUAAAUGAAAUGUAUCUUCGCACAGAAAUCAAAGACACCGCAAACUUACAACCCCCAGAAUGGGACACCAAAACUUAAUAAUAAAUAAACAUUAUUUGGUAAAACUGGGUUUAAGGAGAGGUGUUAGAGGAUUUUGGGAAAUCGCUGUGUGUAAUUCUCAUCGACAUAACAUUUCCAACUCUCUCAUUUUGUAUCAUUAAAGCAGACAUUUCAGAAGACUUUUUAAAGAUGUCAAAUAAAUAUUUAGUGUCCUCAGAGUACACAUGUGAAGAUGUUAAAAUGACACUUUAUAGGUGUGAGCAAAAAUGUGCCGUUUUGGGGUGUGUAACAUGCAAAUGAGCUGAUGAAAUCCAAACACUGAUCGCAAUGAUGGUGGUUUGAUAAAAUUGAAACAGUUGUGCUGUCAAUUAUCUCUCUCUUUCUUUCUGCACUGAAUGGCAGUGCCGUGGUUGGAUAGUGCAGAUUAAGGGUCGGUAUUAUCCCCUUCUGACAUCACAAGGGGAGCCAAAUUUCAUUGACCUAUUUUUUCACAUGCUUGCAGAGAAUGGUUUACCAAAACAAAAGUUACUGGGUUGAUCUUUUUCACAUUUUCUAGGUUGAUAGAAGCACUAGGGACACAAUUAUAGCACUUAAACAUGAAAAAAGUCUGAUUUUCAUGAUAUCUCUUCUUUAAGGUUUUAUAUGACUGAUUAAUGUAUUAUAUUGCUUGAAUUGAAUGUUGAAUUAAUACAUAAUUUACUUUCUCUUUUUCGUAUUAUUGAGUGAUUUGUAUGAUUGAUUAAAGCAUUAUUGUUUGAGUUGGAAUUUGAAUUAUUUCAUAUUGUAGAUUUUUUAUGAUUGAUUGAUUAAUAUAUUGAUUGAAUUGACUUUUGAAUUAUUAUGUUGCUUGAUUAAUAAAUUGUUACAUUUGUAUGAAUUCUUAUUUGCUCUGUAUUAUUGACUCUUCUAAGUUAAGUAACUGUAUUACAAUGUAUCCUAUGUUGCCAUUAAUCUACGAUCGAGGUUAAGUUCUACCUGUAAGUAAGUUGUAUGUAAUCGUAUUUAUAUGUGGGCUACAUUGUUUCUGCUUUAAUUAAGUUGUUAUAUAUUAUUUAACUAUAUUCGGCUAAACGGUGCUGGCCUGAACCUCUGUUUAUUGUUGAGCUUUGUAUUAAGUUGUAUAUAAAGUGCACCUAUUUCAUUGCUUAAAAAACAACGUUAUUUUGUGUAUUUGGUAUAAUACAAUGUGUUAUGGUUAAAAAACACAUAAUUUUUCACAUACUGAACAUUUUUGUAGCUCCAGAUAUCCAUGCCUUUCUCAAACGCUCAGAUUUUGUACAAAACACAUUGAUUUGAAAAGCUCUGUGUCCCUGAUUGGCCAGCUAAUCUGUAUCUGUUGUGAUUGGCCUGAAUACCUCUGACGUCAGCAGGAAAUGUGACGCUCAUUACCAUGUUUGAAAGAUUCGGUUGCUAACAGGAGUUAACUUACAGGCUGUAAAUUCGGAAGCGGGAGGAAUUAUGAUAAUGUCAGUCUUUACUACAUCACCAAUCCUAGAAGGUAAACUGUUGCCUACAAUCCGUGUGUUUGUUGUAGUCCAAGAAAAGAGAUUUACAUUGGAGACGAUAACUCACGUCACCGUUUGUACUUUUGCAUAUCGCUAACAUGAACUGAUACACACACAACAAAGAUAAUGUAAAAAAAAUGUUUUACUCUUUGCAGCUAGCCUGUCCAGAGCAGGCUAACAAUCAGGCUAUAGUGACCUUCAUCCAAGUAUGCAUACUCUUGUGCACAUAUUUAUCACCUUCAUUGCCACAGAAGAUUCAUAAAGAAGGAUUUC